AUGGAGGAGCAGUACAUUUCCAAACUCCACCCAGUAGUGGAUUAUGGAGCAGGGGUCUUUCUUCUGAUCAUAGCCAUCCUGACAAUCCUUGGAAAUUCAGCAGUCCUUGCUACAGCCAUGAAACGCUCUUCCCUCCUGAAGUCACCGGAGCUGCUUACAAUCAACUUGGCAGUAGCAGAUAUUGGAAUGGCCAUCAGCAUGUAUCCGCUGGCCAUUGCAUCCGCCUGGAACCACGCUUGGCUGGGAGGAGAUGCAUCCUGCAUAUAUUAUGCCCUCAUGGGUUUCCUUUUUGGUGUCUGCAGCAUGAUGACCCUCUGUGCCAUGGCCGUGAUUCGAUUCCUUGUUACCAAUUCAUCCAAAUCUAACAGUAACAAAAUCACCAAGAACACUGUUCGCAUCUUGAUUACUUUCAUCUGGCUCUACUCCUUGCUCUGGGCCAUUCUGCCCUUGGUGGGCUGGGGCUACUAUGGCCCUGAGCCAUUUGGCAUCUCUUGUACGAUAGCCUGGAGCAAGUUCCACAAUUCCUCCAAUGGCUUUUCAUUCAUCCUGAGCAUGUUCCUCCUGUGCACAGUCCUGCCUGCACUGACCAUCGUUACUUGUUACUUGGGAAUUGCCUGGAAGGUUCAUAAAGCAUACCAAGAGAUCCAGAAUAUUGACAGGAUCCCUAAUGCAGCUAAACUGGAGAAGAAGCUGACAUUGAUGGCUGUGCUCAUCUCAGUCGGGUUCCUGAGCUCAUGGACACCAUAUGCAGCAGCCAGCUUCUGGUCCAUAUUUAACCCCAGCAAUUCCCUGCAGCCCAUCGUUACACUGCUGCCUUGCCUGUUUGCCAAAUCUUCGACAGUGUAUAACCCUUUUAUUUACUACAUCUUCAGCAAAACUUUCCGUUGUGAACUCAAACAACUGCAGUGUUGCUGUGGAUGGCGAGUUCAUUUCUUCAGCACUGACAACUCUGCCGAAAAUCCCGUGUCGAUGAUGUGGAGCGGGAGAGACAACGCGCGCCUCUCUUCAGCUGCAAAGGUGGAGAAGCAGGGAGCUGCAACUCGCUGAAGCACA